AUGCACGACGAGCAAGCUGGCUUUCGUCCUGGCCGAUCUACUAUUAACCAGGUGUUCAUCGCCAGGAGAGUCAUCGAAAUCUGGGGGCGGUAUUCAAAGCCAAUGCAAUUAGCGUUUCUGAACUUUGAAGUCGCUUUCGAAUCUUUUCAUCGAGGCCGUCCUCUCGAGGCGCUCCGCGCCGAUGGAGUACCAGGAAAGUUCGUUCGCCUGCUUGAUGACAUGAAUCAACAAAGAACUGCUGCACUUUGA